UAGUCCCAUAAUCAGACAUUAACCCAUAAAAUGUUCAACAACAUGUUGUACCACGAAAACUCUCUCGCCAAGAACACAAUACCACUUACCAUCUCAUUAUUCUGCCUGUUGUUAUUUCUCUUUAUUCUUUCGUCCAUUUCUAGAAAGCUCAAAAACCAGAUAGCUGCAACAAGAAAAGCACCGCCAGAAGUAAGUGGCGCAUGGCCUUUGAUUGGUCACCUCCACCUCUUACGGGGGUCCAAACCGCCACAAGAUACGUUGGGCAGCAUGGCGGACAAAUACGGUCCCAUCUUCUCCUUGCGUCUGGGAGCUCACAAAACGCUGGUUGUGAGCGAUUGGGAAAUGGCCAAACAGUGCUUUACCGUCAACGACAGAGUGUUCGCUAACCGUCCAAAGUCUAUGAGUUUUGAAGUGUUGGGCUACAACUCCUCCUUGAUUGGGUUCAUCCCUUACGGUUCUUACUGGCGUCAGAUGCGUAAAAUCUCCAUGCUGGAGCUCCUCUGUUCUCGCCGCAUAGACACGCUGAAGCCCGUGAUGGAAGCCGAAGUGAAAGCAGCGAUGAGAGAGAGUUAUAAUUUGUGGUUGAAGAAGAAAAACGGCUUUUCCGAAAUGAAUAGGUGGUUUGGGAACAUAGCCUUGGACAUUAUGUUCCAAACUGUGGUAGGAAAACGUUUUUUUAGUGACGGCGACGUGAACGAAGAGAACGAAGGGCUCCGAAAAGCAUUCAGGGAGUUGUUUGAUCUGAGCAGUUCACUCGCUGUGUCUGAUUGUCUGCCCUAUUUGAGAUGGUUGGAUUUGGAUGGUAAAGAGAAAAAAAUGAAGAGAACGGCGAAAGAGAUAGAUGGGUUUAUCCAGAUUUGGCUUGAAGAACACAAACGCAACCGAGAUUGUGGUUCAGGUGAACGGAAACAGAGCCAGGACCUGAUGGACGUGCUUCUUGGACUUGUUGAAGAGGGUGAAGAGUUUGAUGGUAAUGACUCUGACACCACAAUCAAAGCUAUGUGCCUGUCUUUAAUUAUGGCUGGUUCAGAUACCACAACAAGAACAUUGGCAUGGGCUCUGUCUUUACUUCUCAAUAAUCGUGAAAUUCUACAAGAAGCCAUUAAAGAAUUAGAUACAGAAAUUGGAAGUAGAAGGAUGGUAGAGGUAUCAGAUUUGAAGAAACUGAAGUAUCUUGAAUCUAUUAUCAAGGAAACACUACGUUUAUAUCCACCUGCACCGCUUAAUUUGCCACACGAGUCCAUGGAAAAUUGCACAGUGGGUGGGUAUGAUGUAGCAUCCGGCACACGUCUUUUGACUAAUCUUUCAAAACUUCAGAGAGAUCCAUCUUUAUAUCCAAAUCCCCUUGAAUUUUGUCCAGAAAGAUUCUUAACAACACACAAGGAAGUGGACGUGAAGGGUCAACAUUUUGAGUUGAUUCCAUUCGGUGCAGGUAGAAGAAUGUGUCCUGGGAUAUCUUUCGGUCUCCAAGCGAUGCAACUCACACUUGCUACCUUAUUGCAUGGGUUUGAUGUUGAAACUAAUGAUGGAGGACCUGUUGAUAUGGUUGGAGACUCUCCCCUCCAAGUCAUUCUUUCUCCGCGUCUAAGUUCUCAUAUUUAUGAUCAAAUAUAAACGCUAAAUGAUGUUGGAGAUUGGUAGAAUAUAAGCAUAUUAUGAUAGUAAAAGUGUGAAAGGGGUUGAUUUUAAUCGUGCAAAGCGUGUAUAAUCAAAACUUUAAUAUAAUUGGUUUUUGAGUUUU